GGCUUUGGUCAGCUGACGGCUGAGUUCUGGUUAGGAAACGACAAGAUCCACAGGCUGACGGCCGCUAGACCCAGCUCUCUACGAGUGGAGCUAGAGGACUGGAACGGAGUAAGAGUGUUUGCCAAAUAUGGCAAGUUUAAGAUUGGUGAUGAGCAGGUGCAGUAUCGACUUGAAGUGGGUUCAUACUCAGGGACGGCGGGAGAUACGUUAAAAUAUCAUAAUAACAUGGCGUUUAGCACCAAAGACAGAGAUAAUGACAGAAGGAGUGGUAACAACUGUGCUGUGCAAUACACUGGUGCUUGGUGGUACAAAAGCUGCCACUCCUCCAAUUUAAACGGCAAAUACCUGGGAAACGUAAAGGGAAAUGCGAAAGGAGUCGAUUGGUGGCACUUUAAAGGACACCAUUUAUCGCUAUAUUUCACUGAGAUGAAGCUGAGGCCGUCAUCGUAA